CAUGCGAUGACAUCAGUGCAGAUGAAAACGAGGUUGUUGAUCUCAAUUUAAACAUCCAAGUAGCGCUGGUCAUGGGCUCCUUCUGCGCAAUAGCCAAUGCGUUGGAUUUGUCACCCAUCCCGACAGGGCUUUUGCAUUCCCCUUUCACAAUAGAUGACAAUGCUGUUGUUUGCUAAAUUCCCUACAAGCAUACCGUGGGAUGACUUUGUUCCAAUGUGUGGAUCAUAAGAGACAAAAUAGGCUACCGCGCGCUCUGCAACAGCAGUUUUGGAGUGCAUCAAAUCAAACGCACGUGCUCAGUUUUAUUAUGGCGCAUGAUUAUGAAACACCAAAGCAGUGCGCUCGUGUGGUCCACAUCAGUGUCGUUCGGCUAGGAUUCAAUUUAAACGGCUAGCUAAUGUUUCUGCUCUCGACAUCCCACGGUGGUUCACACGAUCGCUAUUAAGCUAUGAAGUAAAUAACCGACACGCAUGACAUCGCGGUACCAAGACGUUUUAACAGCCUGUACACUGGGGGCGGAGUUUGACCCCUAAACUCUCAAACCAUCACUAAUCCCCAGCCGACUCGCGACCAGCGCAAAUCAUUCAUUGGUAUUGCUUCCCAGAGGAAAUGCCUACGACUGCACUGGCGAGACUACGGCUAGCUCUGUGUCAAUAAUAACCAUUAAGUGGGGCUGUGUAUUUGCUGAAGAACCACAUGGUAUCCAGAUGGAGGUCUCGCAGUUUCACUUGUCACAUUUUCAAGGCGUCAGAAGUUAAGAUUCGUCUUGGAUAGCCUGCUGGUGACAGCUGGAGAACUAUCGGAUAUAACAACAUAUCUUCCCACGAGAAGGCCUGCAUUCUUUGUUAUCAGAUGGUGAAGCGCCCCACUCUCAAGCUCCCUUAUGGGUGAUCCAGGGAAGGACCUCAAUUGAUCUCCUGGACUGGCUCAGGAAUUGAAAUGGAUCCCUCUUGCGGCCACCUGGCAGUGGUGAGGGGGAACGGUGAUCAAAAUGGAAGCCUCUGGAAUGAUCGCACAAAGCCAUUCAGUCAGGGGUGGGACGGCACUUAUGUUGUAGGACUCACAUGUGGACCCCCACCUGCCCACCCUGGUGCUUGUUGCUCUUUGCUGUCCUCUUUUCUCCCCUUGCCUCUGUAAGAUUUCAUGUAACACAUAUGCACACUGACAUAUGCAUGCACAUGUAACACACAUAUGCACGUCUAAAGACUUUUAUUCUGGAGCUUUCUGGUCCUCCCUCGCUUGCAUCCACUGAGCCCUGGCGUGCGGACAUGCUGCCCAUGGACCGGGUACAGGCCACUCAGUACACUUUACUGUAACUGUUGCUGUGACCCAUUCCUCGAGGGGCGCGGGGCACAAACCCAAUGGCAUGGGUGAAACUGUUCAAGAAGCAGGGUGGCAGUCUUGGAAAGACCUACCAGGCUGGCAGCAUGCUCUCUCUCGCCCUCACCAAAGGCCUGCUAAACGAACCCGGCCAGAACAGCUGCUUCCUCAACAGUGCUGUACAGGUGCUAUGGCAGCUGGAUAUCUUCAGGCGAAGUCUGAGGCAGCUAUCAGGGCAUUUCUGUCUGGGUGAUGCCUGCAUCUUCUGUGCUCUUAAGAGUAUUUUCAGUCAGUUCCAGCAGAGUCGUGAGCGGGCCUUGCCGUCAGACACGCUGCGCCACGCCCUGGCUGAGACGUUUAAGGACGAGCAGCGCUUUCAGCUGGGCCUGAUGGACGAUGCCGCUGAGUGCUUCGAAAAUAUUCUUGAGCGAAUCCAUCUGCACAUCGUGGCGAACACGGGCUCCGAAGUCUGCACUUCCAAAUCCUGCAUCACACACCAGAAGUUUGCCAUGACGUUGUACGAACAGUUUGUGUGCCGAAGCUGUGGGGCCUCUUCCGAUCCUCUUCCUUUCACUGAGUUGGUGCAUUAUGUCUCGACAACAGCACUCUGCCAACAGGUGGAGAGAAUCCUGGAGAAGAGUGAUAGGCUGAGAGCUGACAUGUUUGGGGAACUCUUACAGGCAGCAAACACCAUGGGCGACCUCCGCAACUGUCCUAGCAACUGUGGCCAAAGUAUUAAGAUUCGCCGUGUGCUCAUGAACUGCCCAGAAAUAGUCACCAUUGGGUUUGUAUGGGAUGCCGAGCAAUCCGACCUCACAGAAGAUGUCAUCAGGUCACUAGGUCCACACCUAAACCUCUCGGGGCUUUUCUACCGGGUAACAGAUGAGAAUGCAAAACGAUGUGACCUUCAUCUGGUGGGAAUGAUAUGCUACUCCAGUCGACACUACUCUGCCUUCGCCUAUCACAGCAAGUCUUCCAAAUGGGUUUUUUUCGAUGAUGCAACAGUAAAAGAGAUUGGAUCCAAGUGGAAAGAUGUAGCCUCCAAGUGCAUGCGUGGCCAUUUCCAGCCUCUGCUGCUGUUCUAUGCCAACCCAGAUGGGAGCGCCGUCUCUAACGAGGAUGCCCCUAGACAGACCACUAUGUGGUCCCGCUUUAAGUCUCCCAUCAACGGCGAAGUUUCAGUGACUGACAGUUCUCAUUCAGGGUCAAAGAAGCUUGAAGGAGUGAGGGACAGUGCUCCUGGCCGCUCGGGACAGAGCUCACACAAGUCCACCACACUCCCAGCACCUAACUCAGGCUACAGCAGAUUAAAAGCUGCUCCAGGUAGUCCCGGUGUGUUCCGUGAGUCUUCCAGAGAGACGUUCCCCAGAGUAGGGGACUUGAGGAAGGAGGGUGAAAGGACGCACCGUAGACCUGACUCUCUACAGCACCGAGACAUGACAUAUCCCAGAGCCACAUCACCCCCAGAGAAUGGCCUGCGUCCUCAGGCAGACCAGCGGAUGCGUUCAUCUCAAGGCAGGGCCUCCAUGCGGCAGGACCGUCCUUCUCCCCACUCGCAGCGUUCACCUCAGGAGAGCCACCCUCACCCUCACCCCCACCCCCAUCCCCACCCCGCCUCCUCUGGGGGGGCUUCUCGCCGGCAGGAGACCCGCGAGUCGGACCAGCAGCAGGAGCGUCCUGGAGGAGGAGGAGGAGGUGGAAGUGGUGGAGGUGGAGGAGGUGGGAAAUCUCGUUCUUCAUCCUGGCGACCGGUGCGCGAGGUCUUGAAUGUGGACAGUGUGCUGAAUGAGCUGGAGCGAAGGCAGCAGGACAGCCCACGCUGCGCUCGCUCCAUGGCACAGCAGAGGGCGCCGCUGACGGAGCGCAAGCAGAAAGGCCUGAUGACCAUCUACGAGGACGAGAGCCGCCACGACAGCGAGAGCCGCAGCUCUCAGGACUCUCAGCAGCGUGCGACGCGGUCCAAGGGGGGUGCAACCGUACCCCUGCGAGCUGACAACUGGACCAUCCAGCGCACUGAGUCAGGCUACGAGAGCAGCGACAGGCUCAGCAGUGGCUCCACCAACCCCGACUCACCAGGCGUGGAGAACUUAACUGGGAAGGAGCUGAAGUUGGCACAGGAGGCACCUCUGCUCAGGGGCCAGGUUCACCACAACAGAGUCGAGGCGAAGAACGACCCGGCCCGCUCUCCGCUAUACCACAGUAAACAUCUGCUGAAAUCUCAGGGAAAGAAUUCAGAUCAUCUGGUGAAAUGCAGUCCCAGUUCCAGAAGGAAGCUCAGAUAUACAUCCAGCAGCUCUAAGAAAGCUGCUACAUUAGAAAGGGAUCCCAUGCCCUCCAAUUCUAGGCAUGAUCAGGAGGAUUUGUCACAGCGGGGCCGGUGUGCAGACAGCCCACCGCUGAGACACCUGGGUAAAGUGAGCAGCUCUGAGUGCAACAGCUCUGAUGACUUAACCAACCCGCUGUCAGAGCAAGAGGACAGUGCGUAUCGCUCCAGCACAAGUGAGACAGCUCCAGCGGAGUCCCCUCGCCCUCCCCGCACCCCUGCCACUCAGCUAUCGUCCCCCCGUCAAGAGUCUCCGUUGGCGACAACAACGCCGACCCGCGCCAAGCAAGCAGUGGCGGCCGCUCGUCCAGGGGACGGGCGCACACCUCCUUUUCGACCGCGCCUGCUCCAGGAGCCCUCUCAGACUAGCCCGCGGCCAACCACCCGCAGUGCUCCCAACUCCAUCUCUCCCUCCACUUCACACUGGAGAUCCGAGCCUGGUGGCACCCGCACGCCCUCUUCAGACGUGAGCUCCAAGUCUGGCUCUGAUCAGGAGCGGAGUGACGGGGGAGCGGGCGAGGGGGAGGAGAGGGGCCGCGGCUCUGACCGCAGCAGCAGCAGCUCGGGGGGCGGUGGCAGUGGCGGUGGCAGUGGCGGCUCCCAGGGGCCAGGCGUGGCACUCACAACGUAUUUCUCGGUGGACAACUGCAUGACAGACACCUACCGGCUGAAGUACCACCACCAGAGGCCCCUGCUACUGUCUGUCACUGAGCCCAGGCCUGCGGCGAGAGGAGGAGCAGGAGGAGGCGCAGGAGGAGGAGGAGGAGGAGGAGGAGAGCCACACCGGGACAACGGGGGACACCCCGGCGAGACACAGGGCACCUCAGAGCACGGCAGGAGCAGAGCUGACCUGGGCUAUGCAAGCAGUAAGCCCACAGCAAAAUGGAACCCUGUGACUCCAAAAGGACUGGAUGAGCAUGGCUUUUUGUGAUGAAUGUUGCCGUAUUGGAUCUAAUAUGGAUGGGAAAUCUUGAGAUGGAUGCCAAAGAAAACUUGUGGGAAAUAGAUCCUAAAACCUCAAAUAAAAGGAACAUUGCCAAAUCAUAAACCUGGUUGUUGUGUACAUAUAAUGAAUCUAUGUAAGCCAUAAAUGUAGUGGAAGCUGAAUGAGCCCUCCUCUGUUCCACUCUGGUGUGACGUCGAUUCCUCAGACAUCCACCAGAUGUCAGUAUGCACCUUUACUUCUUGCACCUAUACUAUUCUCUUUGCUUGCUAACAUGGUUGGCCAAUUUCUAUGCUUUAACUGACGUGGUACAAAUAACGUACGAAAUACCCUUGCAUCAGGCGCAUCUAAAAGAUGGGCCCAAAUAUUGUUUGAUCCCUCAAGCUUUACCGUUACGUUGUAUUUUCUUUCAAUGUGGAGUUUGUACAUACUUGUCAGAUGUUUAUUUAUGGAGUGCCUUUUCAAGUUUUUUCAUGAAUAGAUAUGAUUCAUGACUCAUGAACAAUGUUGUAAAAUGAUGUCCACUUAUAUAUUUUUGGAGAUGCCU